CACAGUCCUUGUUGACAUGUCAAUGGUCAAACAAGAGACGGCUAGUGCUAGUAAGCCCAGAAGAACCGGGCUCAAGAACACAUCAAAAGUCGCCAUUAUCUGGAUCAAACAACUUGACAAUUAGUGCGACUUCUUUUCAAAACUUGCGCAAAGAUCAUCGCAGUCUUGCCAGCAGAUAAUCAGCAUACCAUGUCGUCUCAGCCACUAAACCCCCAAGCACAACGCCUCAGAGCCCUCCACACACCAGGCAAACCCCUUGUCUUGACCAACGUCUGGGACGCAAUAAGUGCAAAUGCCAUCGCCGCUCUUCCCGGCACAAAAGCGCUCGCAACAGCCAGUGCCGCCAUCGCCGCCGCAUCUGGUCUAUCCGACGACGAUCUGACUCUCACCGUCAACAUGCGUGCUGUGGAGUCGAUUGCCAAAGUAGCAGCUGCACACAAUCUCCCGCUGACCGUGGAUCUGCAGGACGGGUUCGGCGACGAGCUAGAGGAGGCCGUGAGACGCGUUAUCGAAUUAGGUGGGGUGGGUAUAAACCUUGAAGACUACGGACGUGAGAUCGAUGGGCUCUAUGGUGUUGAGGAACAGUGCAGCCGUAUACGUCGCGUGAUGGCUGUUGCUCGCGAUAGUGGCGUGCCUGAUUUUGUAAUCAACGCGCGGUCAGAUGCGCUAUUCGCGGGUGGCGGAAUCGAAGAUGUUAUUAAGCGUGGGAAGGCGUAUCUGGAUGCUGGUGCCUGGAAUGUUUUCGUUUGGGGUGGGCCGAGCAGGAAGGGCUGGGGUAGGGAUGAAGUUGGAAAGGUAUGCCGGGCUUUUGAUGGGAGGUUGAAUGUUAUUCUGGACAGAAUGAGUGGGAAUGGUCUGGCGAUCAGAGACUUGGAAGACAUUGGGGUUGCGAGGAUUAGCGUUGGUCCCCAGUUGAUGCGUCGGACGGCGGUACUGUUGGCGGGUGAGGCUCAAGAGAUACUUGAUGGAAAGUCUAGCGCGGCUUAACUGAGACGAUAGAGUGUUGAUGUAUCAUUUUAGUUCGUAAAUUGGCCUUUGUCCGUUGCACAGUCAAAGAUACACAAUACACCGCCGUGGAGUACUAAAGGCGUAUUCCUGACUAUCAGUCUCUGCUUAUCACUCUGACCCCUAUGAACUACUGUACCUCUAAGAGCCGUGAGGGAAGUCCCGGCCCGCCACCAGUCACCAUAAUUUUCUCCUCACUACUCUGUCUUCCCUUGCUCU